CUGCACGAGUUUCCUGGAUUUGCUGGCGUGUCCAUGUCAACCUUUGCUGUAAAAGGGCAGCCCAGGAGGGAAGAGACUGUGCUGUUGCUUGAAAACCUAGACCUACUGCACAUACCUUCGUCACGUGGUGAGAGAUAUGAAGAGGAUGACUUCUUGGGCAAGAAUACUUCUGCCACUGUCCGGGACGUACUUUACAGUCUCUUCAAUGCCUAUGACAAGAAGGAAGCACAGAAAAAGUUGAAAAAUGUCUGGCCGGUCAAGCUAGGGGAAACCGAAAAAGAAUUUCGUGAAGCAAUUCUCUUCUGGCUCUCAACACUGAAAGACAACCAUGCUGGGGCAGCCUUCCUUCAUGAAUUCAACUCGCGCGUCCUACUGCAGACGGGAACACCACGGUGCUUAAUGUUCCUCACCGAGCUGUCCACAUUGGUGCUUGGAAACAAACUAAAAGAAGAGGUGUACUUAAUGGGUGAUGCUGUGCCUCUUGGUGCCUUGAAGUUUUCCACAAAGAAAAACACCUGCACUUCUGUUGCUUUGCAAGCACAGCAAGCUUCAGAUGAAAAACAAUGCAGGGAAAUUGAAAGCCUUCUAAAACAGUGGGAAUCAUUUUCAAGUAUACUGCUGCGAGAGUUGGGUCUUCUAGCAGAAAAUGAAAUUCCUGAUGAUGGUCCGACUAAAAAGCUGGAACUGAGUCAUAAAAACCAAACCAUGAGGAAUGAAGAGGCUAUGACUGCACUGCAGCAAGCUGAAGAAUGGCUUCAAAUACAGGGUUCUCUCGUUCCCACUGAUCUGAUUAGGGACUUGCAAGAGUGUACUGAGCUGAGCAAGCACUUCUUUCAAGAUGAUGAGCAGAAAGCCAAUGGUGAUCAGCACUUCAGUUCACAGCUGGCCAGCACUGCAAGGGAAUCUGUGAAUAAGUCCCUGGAAAAAAUUCAUGCAAAGAGACAAAAGUUGGAGGUGAUGGCAGUUGACAUCGGAAUACGCUUGGAUGAAGCCCGCAAAAUCAUAAAUUUGGGAGCAGAUGACGAGCCAUCUGAUACUGAGAGCGAGAUAUCAGUGAGCGUCCAAGACUUGGCUGACGAGCUUGUAGAUGCCUUGAUGUGCAGCGAUUUCCCUGAGGCUCCAGAAGACAUGUGACUUUAAUCAUGCACUGUGCAAGAUGUCAUUGACAUGACCUGUCAAGAAGUCAGAAGUUACUACUUCUCCAAGACAAGCAUUCAAAAGCCCCUAGAGUAAACCUUGACGGGCACCGCAUAGCAUUGGGUAGUACGUUGCAUUGCCAGUAGAGCUUGACAUGCCCCACCUGUGAAGAAAAGGCCUUGAAGAAGAUUUUUCUGCAGUACUUCAAUCAAAUAUACUUGAGGACAUUGCUUUCGUAGGCAUCGAAUGUUGUGCUUUGCAUUUUUAUGUUGCAUUCCAUUGUAUAUGUUCCUUGGCACCAGUCUGACCCGGUGACCUCACACUAAUUAAAGUAUUUAUAUUAAGAGGU